GACUUUGGGCAGUGCGACAGCAAGCGCUGCACGGGUCGCAAGCUGCUGCGGCUGAGGCUCAUUCGGGAGAUGCGCGUGCAGCAGCGCUUCGCAGGCAUCUGCCUCAGUCCCACGGGGCAGAGGGCGGUGUCAAGGGCAGACGCGCCCCUACUGGCAGCCAAGGGGCUGGCCGUGGUGGACUGCUCGUGGGCUUGCCUUGGAGAUGUGCCCUUCGCUGCCCUCAAGUCCGGCGCUCCCAGGCUGUUGCCAUGGCUGGUGGCGGCCAAUCCAGUGAACUACGGCAAGCCCUGCCAGCUGUCGUGUGUUGAGGCCAUGGCUGCUGCGCUCUACAUCUGUGGCGACAAGGAAACAGCAUCGGAGCUGCUCAGUCGCUUCAAGUGGGGCCACGCCUUCCUCUCCCUCAACAGUGAGCUGCUGGAGGCAUACGCGGCGUGUGCGGACGGGGCGGAGGUGAUAGCGGCGCAGCACAGGUGGAUGGAGAGGGAGGCGGAGCUCGCACAGGCCAGACAUGCCGGCACAGAUGAGCCUUCCCCAGGCAACAGCGGAAGCGACUCAGAAGGUUCUGAUUCUGAUGAUGACGCAGCACCUCUGUUCCGCAACCCGAAUCAUGGUGCUGGGUGGGGGAGAGGGGGGAGAGGAGGGGAAGAAGAGGAUGAGGAUGAUGAUGAGGAGGAUGAGGAUGAUGAUGAGGAGGAUGAGGAGGAAGAUGAGGAGGGGGGUGAGGAGGAGGGUGAGGAGGAUGAGGAAGAGGAUGAGGAUGACGAGGAUAGCGAUGGGAGGAAGGAGGGGAAGGGUGGGAAGGUUGAAGGGAAGGGUGAGGGUUGGGGGGAGAGCACCAGACGGGGGCAGUGGGGGAGGGGGAGGGGCACAGGAGGCAGGCGAAGAUAA